GCUUCUUAUGUCCCUAUUUAGCCCAUUGUUCUCGUUUGCCCAUAUUGACCCCCAGUUGUGAGGUUUUAACCCUCAUCGUUUCAAAGUAAACUCGUUUCACACUAACCUUUCAUGUAAGUCCUCAAACAGUGAGUUAAACAUGUCGAGUGUACAAGUUUUAAAAUUACCUCAAACAGUUUAAAGCUCAAAAAGCUCGUGCAAACACGCCUGCACCAAAACUAGCGAUGCAGAACAUUCUUCUAACCGAUAAAAACCACUCCAAGUGUUGAGACUGGUCGUUAAUUGUCGAUAGAUUUGCGCGCGGUGAACAUGUUAGACCCAGUCUCGAAAACGCUCCUGGCCACCCUACUGGCCACGUGCGCAAUUGUGGCCGCCAGCAGUUCGGGCAACGUGUUUCCCCAGUUCCCGAUAGUGUUGCCAGCUCCGUUGGUUUGCAUCAAGGAUGGGUGCCUUAUCGGGACCACACGGGAUGCCCUCGAGGGGAGUCAGUUUGAUGCAUUCUUUGGCAUUCCGUACGCGAAACCUCCUGUAGGGCGGUUACGUUUCAGGGACCCUGUGGACGUUGAACCAUGGGACGGAAAUUACGAUGCCAGUUUCGAACGAGGCAAGUGUGUACAGAAGAGUGACGCCCGGCCCAUGUCGUUGGUGGAAGGAGGUGAAGACUGUUUGUAUUUGAAUCUGUACCGACCCCAGAAUGUGCGCGAGAAACUCCCGGUGAUAUUUUACAUCCAUGGUGGCAGUUAUGCAUCCGGCUCGGCAUCCUUUGCCGAGUACGGUCCUGAGCGACUGAUGGACACCGGGAAGGUCAUAGUGGUAGUGAUUCAGUACCGUCUUGGAGUAUUUGGGUUCCUCUCAACCGACGACAGUAGUUCUCCGGGAAAUUACGGACUCAAAGAUCAGAGCAUGGCACUGCUCUGGGUACAAAGAAAUAUCGAAAGGUUCGGCGGAGACCCAAACCGAGUCACACUGGUUGGGCAAAGUGCUGGAGGAGCUGCAGUUCAAAUGCACAUGAUGUCCCGGCUGAGCCAAGGUACUUUUCAGCGAGGUGUGAGCAUGAGCGGAACGGCGUUAGCGUAUUGGAAUUGGAACAUUGACCAACCGCGGCUUGCAAGACUGCAGGCAGCAGUUGUGGGUAUUCCAGCAGCAUACAAAAUUUCCACAGAACAGUUGGUCGAAGCCCUCCGUCGGGUUGAUGCCAUAGAGUUGGGCAAAAGCAUCGAUGAGCUCAAAUAUUUCCACGUCCAUCCAACGGGCCUGUAUCAACCAGUUGCGGAACGACAUCUAACAAACGGGUCAUUCCUUAACGAAGAACCGCGUGUGCUCUGGGCGGCGGGAAAAUACCAGCAAGUCCCGUGGAUUACCGGGACGGUACCGAACGAUGGAGCUGCCGAUUCGCUCGGAAUUGUCACGAAUGCUACGCUGCUGUACGAGCUGAAUGAGAAGUCAAGAGCUUAUAUUCCUCGCCUGGCCGGGGGAGUUGACAAUGUUAAUACCACCCCGAUGUUGAAGGAUCGAUUCUUCCCCGACGGAAUGGACGAGCGGUGGCUGACUGCACAAAACUUUCUGAAUUUACAAGAACUCCUGACCGAGUCAACCAUCACCUACUCUACAACUCAAAGUGUGAAGCAGCACUUGGCGCUGGAAGCGCCCCACAAAGCUCCCAUCGGGGUGUACUACUUCAACUACAAGGGACGUGCCUCGCACUCGUACUCGUACACCUACACGACCGCAGACUUUGGCGUGGUCCAUUCCGACGAGCUGCUCUAUCUGUUCCGGAACACCGCGAUAGGAGCCGACUUCCCCGUUGGCUCACCGGAAUGGAUCGUGUCGAAGGGAUUUGUUGACUAUUUUGUUAAAAUCGCUUACGGAAGAAUUCCCGGUCCCACAUGCAGUGCCAAAGAUUGCAAAAUUUUGGAGUUUACCAACUCUGGAAAUCCCAAAGCUCCAGCAGCACUCAACUUGAUCAAUGGAUUCGACGAAGAAAUGUACAAAUUUUGGCAAAAGUUUUACAGCUUGCAAGGAAUUUGA